AUGUAAUUUUUAUUCAUAAUUUUUGGAUUCCAUAUUCUUCUAAUAUACUCAAAAUCUAAACCUUGUGAAAUACAGUAAAUGAGACCAAAAAUAUCAUGUCAAAUAACAAUAUAAGAUUGUUUUAUAUUGGAAGGAGAUGAGGAAGAUUAUUAUAAACUCAAAAAAAUUGAUAAAGAAAUUAUAUAAAAAUCUUUUACUAUUCCUUAUAAAGAUAUGCCUAUUUUAAUUAAAAUGUUCAAGUAAUUAGAAUAUAGUAUGAUCUAAUAUUAACUAAUUUGUUCAUUAAUUAAGAAUUACAAAUAUUAUANAUUCUAAACAUUCUCCUUACAUUUCUGUAAAUAUCUAAGACCAUUAAUGAAUAAAUAAUACUUGACAUUUUUACAAGUAAUUAAAUUAUGUUUACAAAAGAGUAUACUUUUCAUUUUAUAGACUAUUUUUGAUAUUAAUGUCUUGCAUUUGCUUAUUUUAAGGUCGAAUUAACAAAGAGUUUUAAGCAUUGUCCAUUAUUUUACUUUUAAAGAUAUUAAUUAUUGA